AUGACGGAGAAGGAUGCCGCCCAGCAGCGUGCCGUCUUCACGAGGAAGCUGAGCCCGCACUCGAUGCCUGGGGAUAGGGGAAGCAGCAGGGGUAGCUACGAGACGGGCGAGUCGAGCGCGACGGGGAGCCUCCUCAACGACACCACGCUCCUGCCUUCACCCGACGAGUCGAGCGGUCGCCGCCCAACAUCCAACUCUUCGGCACCGAGAGACGCUGAAUUUACGACCGGAUAUGCUGCGAGGGACGUGAAGAAGCAGAGGGCGCCUAGGCAUCGCUCCAACGGCGGGUUCCUGCUGCAGGAUGCCAUUCGCAACGAUGACGACUCCGAUGGGGACCAAGGGGUCCGCCGGCGACAUUCACGCAACCCACCGACCAGCCGCAGAGCAAAAGAGUCUGGGAGAGCGUCCGACAGAUCAGGUUCUGGCGCUGGCCGCGACGCCGGCCUGACGUUUACCGAGAUGGACACCUCGCCGCGACGGAACGGCGAUAUUUCACCCACGCAGCCGACACAUAAUUUGACCGUCAGGAAACGGGAUGCGGUGAACAGUAGACCGCUCAGCGGAUCGAGCUAUACCCCGCCCUCGACCAGCCACUCGCUCGACAUCGAUUCCACGCAGAUCGUGAACAUGGCUCUUAACUUGAGCGAGUCGCGGCGGCAGGCGUCGCGAAGGAUCGCAUCCCAGGCGGUGCCCACUCUGGCGCAGCUCCCGGACGCUACCGGUCCGAACCUGAAGAACCACUACCAACAACAACGAAGAAUAUCGCGGACGAGGUCGCCGGGCCCGGAUAAGGCUUUAACGCCCAGGUUGCCGUCGGCCGGCGUGCUUCACAGCCCUCUGCAGGCCUCUUUUGACAUGAGCCGCGAGGGCACUUUCCGAAACCACUUUACUCCGUCGACUCUUGCUAGGGCGCAGAAGGCGAAGGAACAUCUCGAACUUAUGGCGCAGUAUAGGCGCUUGUUGGAGCUGGUACCGCCGAUCCAGCCACAAACCUCGAGCCGUCCGACGACGGCUAGCCCGCCAACAUCUUCAGGGGGUAUCGCCAAGACUCCGACAUAUGGCAGCUCCGACGGGAGCGUACGGCUAGGCCGACAAUAUAACCCCUUACAAUACAUUCGAAAUAGAAAGGUUCGGGCGCGGGAACGCAAGGCCAUUGACGGAGAGGUCCAGGGAUUUGGGGAUACCAUCAAGGUCGACAACUGGAUUGAUGACGUGGCCAAGUGGGCUGCCACGGGCCAGACGAAUGCGGACGGUUGCACGCUGCCCCCUUUCCCAGAUGCUGAUGCGCGAGAGAAUGCCUUGCAGCUUGCUGCAAAUGCCAACAAACCGAGGCGACCAAGGCUGGACUGGUUCGUUGACCCGGCAGAUCUUCUUGCUGACGCAUACUGGCUGGAGCAAGAUCAUCACAAGCAACUGAUUGAAGACCGGCAAUGGCGCAAGAUCUUUCCCCAGAUGCCCGAUCUCCACAGACCAUUGUCAAGGCAGAAUGCAGAGUAUGGCAGCGAGUCGGGUCACACGCCGGGUCGGAAGGAGCACGAGGAUGCGGACCCUGCGAUAGACCCCAAGACCGGUCAUCCAAGGCUAGCCAAAUCCGAUACCGACCAUUCACACGCCAGCAGCACCCGGGAUCGUGCUCGCCAGAAGCUUCACGAUCUCACGGGCCAUCACCAUCACCGCCACAGCCAGUCGACGCAUAGCCAUCAUGACUACUUGCGUCUCGGCAAGUCAUCCUUCUCGGACGGAUCUGACAGCGAGAGCGAAAAGAUUAAGAAGAUUGAGAGGAGAAACCGGUCCAGCACAUUGACGAGUAGUCACCAAGAUAUCCUUGAGAAACAGAUGCUGGAGAUGAUUGCUAGGGAAGCCCGAGAGAACGAUCCUAAGAGGACGGACGAUUCUGGGUGGAUGACCCCGGAGCGGGAUGCGGGAGCGCUGUCUCAGCCGCAAUCACGCCAACACAGCCGAAAGCCUUCGAUUGUAGAGGUUAGCGAGUCCGACGAGAGGAAGAGCAAAGAGAAGCCUCGAAAGACCCCGAGCUACCUUCAGCGACCUGGAAGACCUAGUCUGGAGAUUCCUCACCCGGCACGCAGGAGCUCUUUCGAUGUCGACUCCUCACAACCCAACUCCCCUGAUGGUGCAGUACGCGGGGAUCCUUUCAUUCCCGCACUUGGAGGCGAUUUAUCCCCGGGAUCCAGUCGCGCCAACUCACCGACCAGGAACCCCUUUUCAAAGGUCAAGCAAGCAAUCUUCCGCGAUCGAAGUAAAGAGAGAGGAAGCGAACGGAUUUCAGAAGAGCGUUCUAGCGCUGAGUAUCUGGCAAGCGCACCGAAGACGCCAUUUGAGGCGUCGCCAGAGUCAUCCGGAGAGCGGAGGUCGAUUGACAGGCGGGGAUCGUCUAGGAGUCCUUCCCGUAAGAUCGCCCAACGAACGACCGGAGACAGCCACAAGUCGCACCGCAGCGUUACUAGUACCAAGCUACGCAGCGAUGAUCCGGGCGUCAGAGGAAUAUUCAAAGCAGCCCGCAUCGACAAGGUUAUUAGCGGCGGAGUAUCGAAGCUGGGAGACCUCAUCUGGCGUAAGGAGUCGGAUACGGGCGACGGCCCACCGGAGGCAGAGGGCACGACGACGGACGAGUCAGAUACGGAGCCAAGAGGCAGGCGAAAAGGCGAGACGCCGUUGUCAAGGACUGCAUCCAUUCGCCAACAGAACAACAAGAACUUCCUAGACGUGAUGCCGACGUUCCAAUCGGACAAGUUGAGAGCCACCGAAAGCGAACCUGCUAUUCCCCUGGAUCCGACAUCUCGGCCGCCGAGCCGCAGGUCGCCUCGGUUUGAUAGACUCAAGCCGCCACGCAUCGACAUUUUGAGCGCCUCGCCCAGCUCAUCACCCAGCUCGGCCAAGCGACUGUCUGAUCUGUCCGAAGGCGAGCCGAGAUCAGGUGCCAGUGAAGGAGUCAAGGAGGCAGACAAGCGGCUCAAUAACAUUCUCACGAUGCCCCAGGCCCUAUCGCCUCACGCUCAGCCGCCUUCGCAGCGUAGUCGCCACUGGUCAAUUUCCGAUCACAGCCCGGCGCCAGAUCGUGCCCCGAUGUCGAAGCGAGAGAUCGCCCGCCUACGCGCUCUGGUCCUCAGUUCCGGCAUCAAGGCGAUGGAAAUCACUCGCCGCGCCAAUGAACCGCGCCUAAUAUUUGCUAGUGAAAGGCGCCCGUCACAGCAUGACCUACAGGUCGCCAACGUCUUCUGGCCGGAAGUCGCCAAACUCAGCACUGACCCUUCCAUCCGCAAUAAAGCCAUUCCCCAGACAGAACUGUACCAGUUCGCGGCCAAGACUCUGGGCACAUCGAUCCAAUGCUCUGGCCAGGAAUGGCAAAAGUCAGCAGACACCUUUGUCUCGGAGACAGUCCCCGCGCUGCAUCGUCGUGUGGAGGACGUCCGCCGCCGUGUGGCCACAGACCUGUCAGCCAUGACGCGCGCAGCGGCCGACGAAGCCGACGAGACCAGCCGUGAUCUGACUCUCGGCCAGCGGCUGAAGAUCAAGCACACCCUCGACGUAAUCGAGAAGAUGCUCCGCCGGCGCAGACGUAGGUUCCGCUGGGUCCGUCGGGCCAUGUGGCUCGCUGUCGAGUGGGUGCUAGUCGGUUUCAUGUGGUACGUGUGGUUCGUCGUGAUGAUACUGAGGGUCUUUUGGGGCAUCGGGCAGGGCGCUGUCGGGGCUGUGAGGUGGCUGUUGUGGUUGUGA